AUGGCAAUAAGGCUAACUGAAGUGGGGGGCAGGAUUAAGGAGUACACAGCCGAGGAGAUCGUAUUGGCUACUGAUAAUUUUUCUUGGCAAUUGAGAUUAGAGUCUAUAGGGAUUUGGGGCAAUGUUUAUAAAGGCUAUAUGGACAACAAUGCAGUUUCAAUCAAAUUCCUCUUCACCUCCCCCCAAGAACAUCUUUUUGAAUCUAGGCUUAAGUCCCUCAGACUAAUUGGUCACCCUCACCUUAUUACAAUGCUGGGUUUCUGCUCCGAGCUCAAGUGCUUUGUCUAUGAACACAUAGAGUAUAGUCGCUCGCUACACGAGGUCAUCAAGCAAAAGCUUGAAUGGCACGAUCGCAUUCGUGUUGCAAGAGACAUUUGCUCGGCCUUGUGCCACAUUAAGAGGGCUAGGUUCGAACCUAACCAACAUAUUGUUCCUGACUAUCUCAGUGCAUCCAACAUUCUCAUCGAUCGCAACCUUAGAGCCAAAGUCGAUAUUGUGCUGAAAAGAAGGGAUGACAAGCAGGAUUUUGUGUGGGAUGUCAAUACUUUUGGCUAUCUGCUUCUGAAUCUUUUAACUGGGAUUCCAGGAAAUUUUAUUUCUUACUCUUAUGUUAGGUGUGUUGGUUUGCUCAACGCUUUGGACAAGACGGCAGGGCAAUGGCCGAUGGACUUGGCUGAGAAAUUGAUGAAUGUGUGCCGCCGUUGUGUAGACUGUAAUCCCAGAGAUGAACUUAGGAAAAAGUACAUUAUGGUGAUAAUAGUGAAAGAGGUGAACGAAAUUAUAGAAAAGGUGUCAAGAAUAGAGGUAUGGUAUAAUUCCCAGAUGUAUUCUUCUCCAAACUGGAGGAUAUUUAUACUAGUACAGAUUAACCUAUACCUAAGUAUGAAAGGAGAAUACAAUAGUAGAGCUAUGUAUGAAAGAUAA